UCAUUUGACAGUUCGGUUCCAUUUCCCAUAGUACAUCCUGCAAAAAGUAAACGUCAACAUUUAGAAUAUUUAGAUAUGUUCUCUGAAAAUGAAUCGUAGUGAGGGAUUUGUUAAAAGAAGAAAUGUAACUAGGGAAAACAGUGAGGGUCUAAAUAAGGAAGAACAGAAUAACGAGAAAAAAUCAAAUCGUGAUGAGGACGUUGACGAUGGAGAUUCUAAAGAAACGAGAUUGACAUUAAUGGAAGAAGUAUUACUACUAGGUCUCAAAGAUAAAGAAGGGUACACAUCAUUUUGGAAUGACUGCAUUUCCAGCGGACUUCGAGGAUGCAUUCUGAUAGAAUUGGGAUUACGGGGUCGAGUAGAAUUGGAAAGAGUCGGUAUGAGAAGGAGAAGUCUCUUAGCAAGAAAAUUAAUUGUCAAAAAUGAUACACCCAUAGGAGAUGUUCUCUUAGAUGAAGCUCUAAAACACCUUAAAGAAACUGAUCCGCCUGAAACUGUGCAAAGCUGGAUAGAAUAUUUAAGUGGUGAGACGUGGAAUCCUCUAAAACUAAGAUAUCAGUUGAAGAAUGUCCGAGAAAGGUUGGCGAAAAACUUGGUUGAAAAGGGUGUUUUAACAACAGAGAAACAGAAUUUUUUAUUUUUUGAUAUGACUACACAUCCUUUAACAGAUAAUGUGACUAAAAGUCGUUUAAUAAAGAAAAUUCAAGAUGCUGUACUUGCUAAAUGGGUAAAUAACCCACAACAAAUGGAUAAACGAAUGUUAGCCCUAAUAUUUCUGGCACAUGCAAGUGAUGUCCUAGAGAAUGCUUUUGCACCACUGAAUGAUGAUGAUUAUGAACUUGCUACAAAACGAGUAAGAAAACUUCUCGAUUUAAAUUUUGAGGAAGAAGCCAAUAAACCAAAUACAUCUGAUGUUUUAUGGGCUGUUUUUGCUGCUUUUACAAAAUAAUUUAAAAACAAUACCUAUUUAUAAACUAUAAUGUCUUGUAGGGUUUACACAUAUAUUAUUCAUUUUGUAAAUUUAUAUUCACUCAUAAUUUUUUUUUGUAUACUAUUGAGUUAAUUGGCUCAUUGUUUAUUAUAAAACCAUAAUGUAUUAACUUUAGUGACUAGUUUAAAUAAACACCAAAUUUAAAAAAGGUUAUUGGCAUCGAUUUUAAUUUCAACUGUGAUAGUGUUGAAUGUUACAGUACAAGCACUUUACGAAUUUUUAGUCACUUCUUGUUACAGUAUGGUUUCUUUCUUGACGAUUUUAAUUAUAAAAGGUCUCAUGAAACGUAAAACAUCAUUUCAUUAUCUAAAUGUAAAAUAAUCACAAUUAUAUUUUCAUUCCAGUUGUUAAAAUAGAGAAAAAUAUAUACAAAUAUUCCUGUUUUAGAUAAUAUUUUAAAACAUUAAUAUACUAUCAUUUGUUUACUUUAUGUAAAGUCUUAUUUUCAUCAUUAUAAAUUUAAAAUUUGUUAAGUUAAUGAUAACUUAUUUGUCUAAAACGGGGAAGUAUAUAAUGAAAUAUCAGUAGCGAGUUUUUGUAUACUGCGAUUUUCAUUCUUUUGGAAUAUACAACUUUUAUUCAAGUAGUUGUGUUUUCUCUGUAAUUUGAUAUAAUUUAAACUUUCAUGGAAGAAAAUUGGAAAUUAUACAAAAACCUCGCAUAUCGUAAAGCAGUCUUUGUGUUAGUAUUAAUUAAAAUUUAUAUGUUUAACUAAAUGUCAUAUACUGAAGUAAUAAAAUUUUAAAAGUACAAUGA